AUGAUUCAUGAGAUCCCCUCUUCUCAGUUGGACCCUUCCGAAUCCUCCACCAUAGACGUCAUGGUUGGAUCGCAUGAAGGUGGCUAUGGAGCGGACGGUGAAGGUGUUCAUCAUCUCGUUGCGACGGCGGUUGAUGAGCUGGAAGAGACGUAUCCUUGGACUAUGCUACAGUACCCUUUCCAACUCACCCCAUCAUCUGAUACACUAUCCGUCGAUGAAUUGUCAUACAAUGCAAAUCCAGGACCCUCUGAAGACUGGGAAGAGCCAUCUGAAGAACCAGAAGACGUCGACGCCUUCCUACGAUUCACUGGAGCUACCGUACGCGCCUCAACUGGGUUUUUGGUUAGCACCUGA